AUGGUUGUUUUCGAGCACUUGAGUACAACAAACCUUCGCAUGGAUGAAUUUCACGUUGGACUCUGCCUGGAAACCACGGCACAAGCAGAAUAUGAGAAUCUCCAUAGUCGCCUUGUGGUCGGUGCUCUUUGGACAGUGGUGUCCUGGAUGAUUCAUCCAUGGUUAGUCGAUGAAAUGGAAAUAACUAUCCGUUUCGAAUACACACGAAAACAAAAGCCUUCAAUGAAUUUGUUCCGUUAUGUGCAGAAACGCUUACUUCUUCUGCAAGGUGACACUGUCUCUAUGUCCCUGUACAUCAACCUACCCUGGAUUAUCAAUGAACGAGAUUACAACUGUAGUGGUCGGACUGUAAGCGAGUGGUUGGCUAGAGGGCAAAUCGAUUACGUGCAAGGGAUAUACUUUGCUGUGUCAGGAUCAAUAUUUCUGGUAUUUUACCUCCUCACUCUGAUAGUGAUAUAUCGCGAGUCAAUGUUGGACCACUCCUGUUAUCGUCUAAUGUUCUUCGGUGGAGUCAUAGAUGUGAUCUGCUUAAUAAUAGGCUCUCAUCUCACGGCAUAUUUUCACAUUAGAGGAACUGUUUUCUGCUCGGAUCCUCUUUUGGACCAGUUCGCUGGCCAUUCAACUUGGAGUCUCUGGAAUGGUUCCUCACUCAACUGCGUGAUCCUUGCAAUUAACAGAGCUAUCGAGAUGCUACCACUCUUGCAGGGAUUCCGAUUUUUGUUCCGAGGAUAUUUCGUCAAUGGCUGGAUGCUAUUAUGCCUAUUUUAUAUGCUAGUCAGGCCGUUUAUUACACGCCCAUGUCCUUUCAACUCAAAAAUUUCGUCGUAUUUCUUUCCUCCACUGAUAUCCGACGAUAUUGCUUGGCUUUUUUUACAAGUUCUUUGUAUAUGUGUUAUUACAACGGCAAACUCUUUGUUGAAUGUUUACAUAAAUUAUGUGGAAUCGCCAGCAUUCCUUAUAACUAUUGCAAAUAUUCUAUGGCAGCUUAAUCAUGGAAUACAUGGAAUUAUUUAUAUGGCCAUGAAUCAACAAAUUCGAAGAGGAGUUUGGUCGCUGUUAAGACGCGGAAGGACUGGCGCAAAGAGUUCUAGCGUUGGCAGCUUGGUGAAGACUCAUAAAAAGGAGCACGAGAUCACCAACCAUGCCUCUGCUCAGUGA